AUGUCUGCAGUGCUCCGUCUUAAUGGUCUUCUGGCCCAGACGUCUCUCACGAAGACCAUUUUUCUUUUUGCGUUGCCUGCUCUUCCUGCGCUUCCCUCCGUCUCACAACUCAUCCCCCAGUGGGCAGCUCCCAUUUUCAAUGGUAGCAGUAGUGACCUGCGUCUAAAAGAGCUCAAGGAGCUUUUGGAGAGAAAGAGAGAACCCCCUUUUAUGUUCGAUAACGGUGCUAUCUUGAGAGCCGUUCCUAAGAAGAAGCCUUCUUACAAGAGAACUAGAGAGAAGAGACUAGCUCCAGGCGAGAAACAGAUGAAGCCUUUGGAGAACUUGGGCAGAUGUGCAGCUUGCGGACGUGUCAAGCGGUCCCACUUCAUGUGUAUGCACUGUUUCGGAGAGAUUCGUGCCUUCUUGAAGGAGAAGAAGAAGCAGCUUUUCGGAGAGACCAAGCCCUACGAGCCUGAGAUGGACAAAACCGAUGCCAACAUCGUGUUCCCUAAAAGACGUUUGAGAGAUCUAGAGCUUGCUUACAGCAGAAAGGAGUAUGUUCGCGACAGAGAGACACCUUUGGUGUAUAAUAAGGACGAGGUGAAGAAGCAGUAA